AUGGACCUAAUUGAGUUGUACAAUUCGGAGAAGCUCCGGUUGGACAUUCUCAAGGCGAAACACAAGCACGUUCAGGAAGCAUUCAUGAGAUCCUUGUCGUCAAAAAGAGAUGACGGAGUGUGUCAAUUUGCUCAAAGAGACCACCGAGAAAAUGGGAGACGACUUGGAAAUGCUGAAGCGAACCUUGUAAAAGGUGUAAUGAAGGAGUUUGAAGUAGCAACUAUCCGACUUACCCUUCUUUGCAUACCGGAUGGUACUGGAAAGCCUGGUCUACCGGCUUACAAAGUGCACGCCGCCAUUCGUAUGCUGGCAUAUGGCAAUGCAGCUGAUGCAGUCGAUGAAUACCUCAGACUAGGAGCGAGCACUGCGCUGAAAUGCUUGCAUAAAUUUAAUGCAAUCAUAUUUUUACGAGGAGGACUACCUCAGAAGGCCUACACCAAGAUCUCAAACGAUUACUCAAGGUUGGAGAGACGCGUGGAUUUCCCGGCUCAAUAG